AUGAGUUGGGAGUCUAAGCAAGCAAGCUGGAGAGCUAUGUUGGAAGCUGUGAUGUCGGACAAUGAAGACAACGUUGCCGUCGAAAGUGAUGCCAGCAUCGAUGAUGAUUACGUUGAAGAAUCUGAUCAUGAUUCAAUGUCAGAGCAGAAUGCUUCAUUGUCAGAAGAAUCUGAGGCAGAAGAGACUGAAACUCAGGAGCGCUUCUUCUUAGCUAAGGAUAAAAUAACUAAGUGGUUCAAAGUAAAGGGACGUACUGCAGUAAGAACCCGUUCUCAAAAUAUAAUGUCUGAAGCUCCAGGUCCAAAAGGUAUGGCUAAGUUUUCUAAAUCUCCACUUGAGUGUUUUCAACUUUAUGUUACCGAUGAUAUGAUAGCAGAGAUAACCACUUGCACAAAUACGUAUAUUGAGAAAAUUAGCAGUAAAUACGCACGUGAAAGAGAUUGCAAAAAGACCGAUCAAACGGAAAUAGAAGCUUUGAUUGGUUUACUAAUCCUGUCUGAGUUGUGUAAGUCUAGUCAUAGAAAGCUUCAAGAUUUGUGGGAUGAGUCUAGAUUAGGCAUUGCAAUUUUUUACAAAACUAUGAGCUACAACAGGUUUUCUUUCCUUCUAAAAUGUUUGUGCUUUGAUGAUGUAAACACUCGUGAGUCAAGAAAAGCUACAGACAGAUUUUCCCCAAUCAGAUUCAUUUUUACGCAAUUCAACAAUCAUUGUAUUGAAAAUUAUAGUCUCAACGAAAACUUCACGAUAGAUGAACAAUUACUGAAAUUUCGGGGGCGCUGUAUUUUUCGGCAAUAUAUACCAAGUAAGCCCGGGCGAUAUGGUUUGAAAAAUUUUGCAUUAUGCGAUGCAAAGACAUUUUACACUUAUCAAAGUGAGCCAUAUCUAGGUCAACAACCAAAUGGACCUUACAAAGUGAGCUACAAGCCAACCGAUAUAGUAAUGCGAUUAUGUACACCGAUUUUAGGUUCUGGAAGGAAUCUGACUUGUGAUAAUUGGUACACUAACCUCCCGUUAGCAGAAGAACUGUUGAAAAAUAAAAUAACGGUGGUAGGUACAUUGCGAAAAAAUAAAAAAGAGUUCCCCACAGCUUUUGUCAACCAACAAAAAGUUGGAACUUCUAUAUUCGGGUUUCACUACAAGUUGCCAUUGACUCUUGUAUCAUAUUGUCCUAAACAGAAAAAAAUGUAUUACUAA